GAUGCUUUAAACUCCAUUUUCGACGAUGUCGUCUCUUUACAAAAACAGUUCGUUUUGGGUUUUGUUGUUAUUAUAUAUUUAUGCUCGCGUGUCCAGCGGUGAAGUAAACGUCACCGCUACAGAUCCAGCGGACACGAUGAAACAAACCGCGUCUUUCAUCCCCGCGGCUGUUGUGGUCAACUCGCCUGUGUUUAAACCCGGCGUGGACUCCGUGUUCUCCCUCCACCUCCGCUCGUCCUUCCCAGAAUACCUGGAGAUCAGCGACUACUGCAGCGAGAUGCUCGAAAUAUUCGGACUGAAAUAUGUCGCCUAUGUGGACUGCUUGGUGACUGCUGCCCGACCCGUUCAAGUUUGCCAGAAGUGUUUCUCCAGUUACGGCAGCCUCACGGACACCUACGUGAACAUCUCGUCGGACCAGAUGGGUCCUGGUAAUGCGAGCUGCCGGGACAGCCUCCUGCGCAGUGACCGUCUGAUGCUGGUCUACCUGCUGUACAGCAACAUGCAAGACAUUUGGCGCAAAUCGCAAUGUGACCAAUGUAUCACGGGAGGAUUCCAGAGCCUCACCAAUGACACGAUGUACUUCUUGGACACGGUCAACCAAACUAUCACCUGCUUUAAGAAGGAUCAACAGGGGAAUCAUUCAGAGCUGUGCAAAGAUUGUAAGAAAACAUACAAAGGCCUGAAUGAGCUGUACAGCAGAAUGGAGACGAAUCACACUUUGUGUAUCGACAUCGAGGAUGCGAUGAAUAUGACUCGAAGACUGUGGAGUAAGAAAUUCAAUUGUUCCUUCCCGCGAGAGGAGACGGUGCCUGUCAUCGCCGUGUCCAGCUUCAUGCUCUUUCUGCCCAUCAUCUUCUACUUGAGCAGCUUCCUUCACUCUGAACAAAAGAAACGCAAGCUCAUACACCCCAAACGGGCAAAGUCUUACACCAGCCUGAGGAACAUGCAGAACAAGUUGAGCUGAAGAGGAGACGGGUGAUGGACAACAGCUUUUAUUAGAAGCUAGAACCCGGGAGAAGAUUGGACUCGUCAUCAUCUUGUGCCGGAGGUUCGACUGUAGCAGACUCAACAACAGAAACAGCUGUUUGUGUUUCAAGAGACUGUGGUCAGUAUUCAGAGGACUUCAAGAAUCUAGAUAUGAGAAUGAAAAGCUUUGGGCACCUUUUUGUGCUUUUCUGUUGUUUCUUUACAUUUGCUUUCAUAUCCUCGAUAUAUUCUUCUCAAAAAGAACUAAAUUGUAUUUGAAAUGCAUAAAACAACAGUAUACAUUGUCUUUCUGCCAAACAACAGUCUGCGUCCUACUGAGUUUUAAUUUGUGAUAAUCUUUAUCGAUAUUAAGCUUGUUUGAAUCGAGUGAUAUCUAAUUUAUAAAAUCAGUUUAUUCUUCAUGUUGCUGCACAGAUCCGGCCUCCUUCCUUUCAACUCGUUAACAAUCUUCGCGUAGCUCAGUGCAUUCUGUAGCCUGGUACACAUAGCUGUCACUAGAAAGAGUGAGUGGCUUGUGUGCGUGCAAGUGAGUGCGUGUAUGAACUCUACUUAUGGGUUGAAAAAAUGGGGUUUCUGUCUCUAAUGUAUGUCCAGAAGAGAGCUGCAAAAAAGGAAGCACUUGAUGUCCAUUAGUGGUGACAUGUAUCUGCUGUAAGAAGAGGGGGGUGCACACAUCAGUGGGGUGGGGGAAGUAGAUAAAGACAUUACACACAGAAGUAAGAGCACUCCAGAGUUCCACACUGUGAUGUUACCUGUUUUCCAGUCAGGGUUUUUUGUGGUUGCAUAAAGCUUUUAAUGUGCUUUGUUGUCGUUUUCCACAGAUGUUUAACUUAAUUUGUGAAGAGGCUUCUGACUGCUCAUGACAGUGAAGUCUCAUUUAUGUCUCCUUUGUGAGUGUUGAAUUGAUGAAUUUUUCGAUUUAAAAAUGCAUUUGCUGUGAAGUAAUGUAAACCUUAAUUUUGAAUGCAUAAACCCAAAUAAAUGUUUUUACAUUAGAAAAAAACCAAAGAUGCAAGUGCUGUAAUUUAACCACUGCCACAGUUUCCUGCCUAUGGUUUAGAAGAUUAUUAUAGUGGUAAGUAAGUAUACAUUAGUAUAGUUAGUCAAGAAAGAAUACAUUUUACUAUAUAGUUCUAUUUUACACUACUUUAUAUUUAUUGUUUACUAUAUUUCACAUGGAAAUAUUGUGCUUUAAUACCAUUGCAUAUUUGACAAAGACCAGUUAUAUUUCAGAUUAAAAUUGUCAUUAAAAAUAUAUCACAGACUCUGAA